CCUUAAUUAUAUACAUACUUACUUAUACCUUUUAACCUUCGUAGAGGAAGGAAAAUAGGUCAUCCAUUAGGAUUCUUCAUUGAACUAUAUUUUGAGCAAUUUUUUCAAGUUGUUAGUAGUUGCUAGUCAUUCUUUUCAUGUUUGAUUCCAUUAUCCGACGCAACAUCUUCCUUAAUCUGCCUUUUUUCCUUUGCUCAUCCAGGAUUUCAAGUUAGUGCUUUCCUCAUGAUGCAGUUUUAGGAUUCUCGCAAUAUGUUUUAUAUUAAACCAUUCACACCGGACUGCAAUCAUAUUUCAUGUGGUUCAAAUCAACAUUGUGUAAAAAAUGUAGCUGGAAAUUUUACAUGCGUUUGUAAUGUAUUUUUUGCUCCAGAAAAUCUUGAUCCCAGUGUUCCACUUGAUUGUCGUUUUAGUUGGGUUACACUAUUGCUAGUGCUGAUCUUUUCACUAUUGAGCAUUGCUUGCAUCAUAUGGAUUAUAGUUGCCAUUUGUAAAGCAUGCUCAUGUAAAGGACAAUACACAAAUGCCAAACCAGUGAAUCAUUCAGAAGUAGAAAAUGAGUCAGUUAGAUCUGUUCGAAGUGUUACAUCAAUACCUUAUAACACACGAUCAAUAAAUUGUGACUAGAUGUAGAAUUCUAUGUGAUUAAUUUUUUUUUUACCAUGAAUAAGCAUCACAUAAUCUUUAAUUAACUGAUUAUUCUAUGUUGUUACUAAUGCAAGACACCCUUAUUUUAUAGUGCAAUCUCUUAUUUUGUAUCAACUUGAUCAUGUCUGUAUAUCAGUGUGGAUGCACCAUAAUCUUUAUCAAGAAGUAAUAACACAAAAAGAUCUCGUAAAUACGAUCAAGACUUAUCAAAGUAUACACUUACAUUUAAUCAUAAUUUGAUAAAUUUUGUCAAUAAAACAUCCAUUCUGUACUAAUCAUGUGUAAUUUACCUUAAUUUAUAGUCAAGUUAAUUGACUGAACGUUUAUAAACACCGCUGUAUUUCAUCUUUGAAAGCCAUUCAACUAAUUAUUUACUAAUUUAAACGUUAAAAAAACUAGUUAAC